AUGCAGAAGCCCACGUUGGCGCGGCGGGCUACUUGCCAAUCCUACUUUACCCCUUUCUUCCCUUCUUCUUGCUCGAGUAUCGAGCGAAGGCGAAUUAGUCCUACAACAGGGCUGGUGCAACAUGCCCCGAAAGGAGAGGCGGGAGAGUUGUUGGGGAAAAUUGUGAAAUCCAAUCCAUUCCGGGACUACAGCGGCUACACGGAUGAGACUCAAAGCAAAGGGAGUAUUGUGAAGGGUGUGAAGCAGCUGGGGGACAAAUGGUUCCGAACGGGCGACACCUUUACGAUGGAUAAAUUUGGAUAUGUCUAUUUCAAGGAUAGGACAGGGGAUUCGUUCAGAUGGAAGGGGGAAAACGUAUCGACGUUAGAAGUGGAGCAAGGGGUUGGAAAAGCGAUCGGAGUAAAUAAUGGAGUCGCCACGUUUGGCGUAAGUAUUCCUGGAAUGGAUGGGAAGUGUGGAAUGGUUGCAAUCAGUGAUAUCAAUGGUGGACUAAACAUUUCAAAUCUGCACGAAGAAUUGUCUCGCUAUCUACCGCCAUAUUCACGACCAGUGUUCGUCCGCGUGAUGAGAAACGAGUUGGAAACGACGGGAAGCUUCAAACUGCAAAAAAUGGAGCUACGGAAGGCAGGCUUCAGUUCAGCUUUGGAAGUAAUUUAA